CCUGACUCCCAAAGGCUGGAGCCCCUGGUGCAAGAAGGAAGGGAAGGGAAGGUUCCCAUUUGCAGGACACGUAUGGCAGGAACCGGGGGUCCCCUUCGUCUCCGAGACUGGCUGGUGGCACAAAUUGAGAGUGGACGCUAUGCUGGGUUGUGCUGGGAGGACUCAGGCAAGACUCUCUUCCGCAUCCCCUGGAAGCACGCGGCCAAGCAGGGCUACCAGGCGCAGCAGGACGCCGCGCUCUUCAGGGCCUGGGCUGUGUACAAGGGCAAGCACCUGGAGGGCACUGACAAAGAGGACCCCUCCACCUGGAAGACCCGGCUCCGCUGUGCCCUCAACAAGAGUAUCGACUUCUGUGAGGUGCCUGAGCGCAGCCAGCUGGACAUCUCCAACCCCUACAAGGUCUACCGGAUUAUGUCUGCUCAUGCCCGAGACCCAGUUACCAGGGUCCAGGCUCUCCCUAAAGAAGGCAUUCCCCCCAGCCAACAGAAGUCUCCCGGGAAAGUAACUAAGCCAGCCUGCAGGAUGGACCAGGAAGGCUGCAGAUUAGCCACAGAGGAUAAGGACAAGGAGCAGUCCCCCAGGCUGGCCCAGCAGGGCUCCUUGCCACCAGCCACUCUCCUCCCAGGCCCUUUGGCUGACCACAAGUACCAAGCACAGAACGCCCCACACUGCUGGAGCCUGACGCCCUUUGAGGACUUCAGCAACCCUGAGUGCUGGCUGCACGUGUGGCUCUUCUACGGCACCGCCCUGGUCCGUGAAGCCACCGUGCGCUCCGCAGAGGGCUGUCGCCUGAGCCCGCGGGCAGCCGCUACCGUCACGGCCGCCGAGCGCCUGCUGGGGCCGCCCGCCCGCGCCCCCGUCGCGCAAGUUUGCUUCCCUGAGCCGCCGCCCAGCGCCCGCGUGCUGCGGCGUCUGCUGCGCCACCUGGAGCGCGGCGUGCUGCUGUGGGUGGCGCCCGAGGGCGUGUUCGCCAAGCGCCUGUGCCAGGGCCGCGUUUACUGGCGCGGCCCGCUGGCCCCGCACCGCACGCGGCCCAACAAGCUGGAGCGCGAGCGCACCUGUCAGCUCCUGGACACUCGCCGCUUCCUCGACGAACUGCGUGCCCACCUGCACAAUGGUCGCCCUGAGCCAGAGUACCAGAUCCGUCUGUGCUUUGGGGAGGAGUACCCGGGCCCCCCAGACCAGCCCGAGGAGCGGCUCAUCAUGGCCCAUGUGGAGCCCAUCUUCGCCCGCAAGCUACUCCUGCACUCGAAGUGCCUCCACCCUGGCGCCCGGCGGGGUCCCAGUCCGGUAUCACAGAGGGCAUCACCCUAAAAAGGCUGCUUCCUCCUCCCACAUCCCCUAAAGGCAGCACCCCCCCCCAAGGAGUGUCGACCAUUACCCCCCAUCAUUGCCUUCAUUGAGCCAGUGGACUUGCGGCUGCCACCUAUCUGCCCUCUGCAGCCUGGUGGAGGGCGGUGCUGCUGUGCGUGGGGCAUCAGCUGGAAACUGAACUUAACUUUGAGGCCCCAGAAACGCAGUAAUUGGGGCAGAAGAAGCAGGAUUAAAUCACUUGAGAACAAAGCACUAAUGGCUAUUUUCUUAGGGCAGUCUUAAUCUGCCACUGAGUUCUUCAUAACAUUUGCUUCAUCAAAGCUGAGUUUACCACCAAUUAGAUCCUCAGCAAUGUUUAGAGUGGAGCCAGCCAGUACCAAAAUCGCCUGACCUCUGAACCUUUCCUCCCACCUGCCCUAGUCUCUCCCAUUUAUUUGUGGGGCCACAGGGGGUGAGGGGAGGGUGUCCCUAAAACAGAGACUUGGCCUAAACCCUAUUAGACUUGGCCUAACCAUGGAACUGCCAGUACCUGUAGGAUGCUGUUUUUGGAGAAACAGGCACAGCUCUAAGACAGAGGCUAAAUGCAAGUCCAGCCCCUCCCCCGCCCCACUGAUCCUUGCAAACUGUGAGUGAUGGGGAACCCUGGGGUGCUGGAAGGGGGCACCUUCCACAUACAGUUGGUUCUCCCUGCUUUGUGAGUGAAAUACUUUUUUUUUUCCUUUUCUGAUUUCUGUCUUUAUUUAUAGGAAUUGUCUAUGGUUGCUAGCAAAAUAAAUC